UGCGUAAGGAGGGCACACUUGGGCGGAGCGGGACUCCGAGCGCAGCGCUUGAGAGAGUUCAUCGCAGUCUGAAGCUUUGCAUUACAUGUUCACACUCCUCACAACUCGCUACGGUUAUAGGUUUGCGUAAAUUUUUACCGCGUUGACAAUGGCUGACCCGGCGCAAAACAACAGCGAUGGAGAGGAGGGAAGCGAGCCCAUGAGGGGUUUCGCGCGACAAGGUGCCCUGAGACAGAAAAACGUUCACGAAGUGAAGGAUCACAAGUUUAUCGCUCGUUUCUUCAAGCAACCUACUUUUUGUAGCCACUGCACGGACUUUAUCUGGGGAUUUGGGAAACAAGGAUUCCAGUGUCAAGUCUGUUGCUUUGUGGUACACAAGCGUUGCCAUGAAUUCGUCACCUUCUCCUGCCCUGGAGCAGAUAAGGGUCCUGCGUCAGAUGAUCCACGCAGUAAGCACAGGUUUAGGGUCCACACAUACUCCAGCCCCACCUUCUGUGACCACUGCGGCUCUCUGCUGUACGGACUCAUCCACCAGGGCAUGAGAUGUGACCAUUGCAUGAUGAACAUCCAUAAGCGCUGCGUGGCCAACGUGCCGAGUCUGUGUGGGACUGACCACACUGAGAGGAGGGGCCGCAUCCAAAUUACAGCAGAGAUCAAGAACAACUUGCUUACCGUCAGUGUUAAAGAGGCAAAGAACCUGGUGCCCAUGGACCCUAAUGGCCUAUCUGACCCCUAUGUGAAACUAAAACUCAUCCCUGACCCCAAGAGUGAGAGUAAACAGAAGACCAAGACCAUCAAAUGUUGCCUGAAUCCCACAUGGAACGAGACCUUCAAAUUUAAUCUGAAGGAGUCUGACAAAGACCGCAGGCUGUCUGUGGAGAUCUGGGACUGGGAUUUGACCAGCCGGAACGACUUUAUGGGUUCUCUGUCUUUUGGCAUCUCUGAGCUUCAGAAGCAAGGAGUGAAUGGAUGGUUUAAGCUGCUCAGUCAGGAGGAGGGCGAGUACUUUAACGUUCCUGUCCCACCUGAGGGGGAAGAAGGCAAUGAGGAAUUCAGGCAGAAGUUUGAGAGAGCUAAAAUUGGUCCCAGCAAAACAGACGGCUCAUCCUCCAACAUCACCAAAUUUGACAGCAAUGGCAACCGGGAUCGUAUGAAACUGUCUGACUUCAAUUUUAUCAUGGUGCUGGGCAAGGGUAGCUUCGGAAAGGUGAUGUUGGCCGAGAGGAAGGGAACAGAUGAGCUGUUUGCAAUAAAAAUCCUGAAGAAGGACGUGGUGAUUCAGGAUGAUGAUGUUGAAUGCACUAUGGUGGAGAAGAGAGUGUUGGCCCUGUCAGGAAAACCACCCUUCCUUACUCAACUGCACUCCUGCUUCCAGACCAUGGACCGCUUGUACUUUGUCAUGGAAUACAUCAAUGGUGGAGAUCUCAUGUACCAUAUCCAGCAAGUCGGCAAGUUCAAGGAGCCCCAUGCUGUGGUAAUACAAGAUCCCUCCACUUCACAUCGGAAGUUCUAUGCAGCAGAAAUCGCUAUAGGUCUGUUCUUCCUGCAUUUGAAGGGUAUUAUAUACAGAGAUCUUAAGCUGGAUAAUGUCAUGUUGGACGCAGAGGGUCAUAUCAAAAUCGCUGACUUUGGCAUGUGCAAGGAGAACAUGCUUGAUGGAGUUAUCACAAAGACCUUCUGCGGGACUCCUGACUACAUCGCCCCUGAGAUUAUAGCUUACCAGCCAUAUGGAAAGUCUGUGGACUGGUGGGCCUUUGGAGUUUUACUGUAUGAGAUGCUCGCUGGACAGCCCCCGUUUGAUGGAGAAGAUGAGGAUGAGUUGUUUCAGUCCAUCAUGGAGCACCAUGUGUCCUAUCCCAAAUCCAUGUCAAAAGAGGCCGUGGCCAUCUGCAAAGGGCUGAUGACCAAACACCCAGGCAAGCGUCUGGGCUGCGGUCCUGAGGGAGAGAGAGACAUCAGGGAGCAUGCCUUUUUUCGUUACAUGGACUGGGAGAAGCUGGAGAACAAAGAAGUUCAGCCACCAUUCAAACCAAAAUCUUGUGGCCGGGAUGCAGAGAACUUUGACCGCUUUUUCACUCGCCAUCCUCCGGUUCUCACCCCUCCAGACCAGGAGGUCAUCAUGAACCUCGACCAAGACGAAUUCGAGGGCUUUUCCUUCAUAAACCUCGAAUACCCCAUCAUGGAAGCCCAAAGUUAAGGGCGACCCCCCCCCCCCCAAAACUAACCCAUCCCUCCAUUAAUCCCCCUCCUCCUCAAACUUUAUGUUUAUGUACCAUAUACACCACGAAACUGGUAUGUAUAUGUAUAUAAACAGCCACACAUCAAAACUAAACCAUUUUUAUGCAUGCAUGCAAUAAUGAGAUAUUUGCAUUUCAUAGAUCUUUCAUAACAUUCCAUUGACUUCAUACCGGUUUGAAUCUUAAAAGGCCUUUCUGCCCUUUGGCCGUCUUUAUGUUAUAGUUUUACUCUAUGGCUUUCCUGAAUGCGGUGUGUUGUAUUGCAUAGAUCUCUACUAAGUUACCCUCGGAUUGCGUCUGUUCCAGCACCAUAGGUGAUUAGAUACAGCCAUUUGCACUGAGGUGCAUGACUCGAAGAUGCAUAAUGGCUAGCCGUCGCUCUUCUAACCAGCCUUUGUGAAUGUGAUAUUGUGCUGAUUUUAUAGCUGUUUUUGCCUCUGGCCAUUAUUGCCUGUUUGCAGGUUUUACGAGAACUCGAAGGUUUUUGCAUGAUAGUUUUUUGUCUUGUCUGUAAUCCCGUUUUGGUCACGCUAUUUUAAACCAAGUGACAUUGUACAGACCGAUUAAUAACAGAAAAUGACCAAAGUUUUCAUCUUUUUUUUUUUAAAGCAUGAGUAAACUUUUAUAAUAUGCCUGUAUCCGGCCGUUUGCGUGUGGAUGUAGAUGAACGGAGCUUGUGCCUGAAUGUACUACUGAUCUGCAUCUCUUGCCUGAUCAUCUCACAUCAUUAGCAAAAACUCCCACCUCGGAUCCUAUAUACAGGAAGCAUGUUUCCUGCAAUGGAUUCCCGUCGGCUCCUUGUUUGACUUCUCAUUUAGGCACUUAUUUUUCAAGAGGUAUUGGCAGGCAUGUUAAUUUUCACCUACCUCUUUCUAGAGACUAUUACAGACAUAAGAGUAUGAAAGAACAAGUGCUAAUAUCAGACGUGACCUUCUGCUAACCUGAAGCCAAUAGCAUUUACAACCAGCCAUAUAUUACAGAGAUACUGACCCGUAUGUUGAAUAUGAAUGUUUUAAUGCUUAUCACGAGAAUUCCCACGCCAUGGUCUGGCCAGUAUUAGGUUAUCGGUCUGACACUGAUAUAAAAAUGAAUUGUAGACCCAUCUAUCAGCACCAGUGAGGUUUAAGAUGAGCGGUCACCCGUAGGUAAUAUCUUCAAAUUAUUCCUGUGUUCCUUGAGAUAACUGAAGAAAUUGUGUAUGAGCAAAUUAGUCCAAUAGGGAUCUAUUUAUACUGUAAUCCUUUCACUUGAAUGAUUUAAUAUUAAUAUGUGAAAACAAUGAAGGAUACCACAGCUUUUGUGGAAAAUGCAGUGUUACAUAUAAUAUCAUUUGCAGCAUUGAUUUUUAUAGAGCACACAAGGCAUAGCUUUGUAUUGGGAAUAAAAUAGUUCAUAAGGAACCAUAGGCGUUAUGAAGUUGUUGUGUUAAUGGUUACAACAGAGCUGGUCAGUUCCCAUGAUGUAUUGUGCAUGGUUCUGCCAGCGAGUAACCUGAUGGGAAAAUUCCCAAUGUGGAUAUUGUAUCAAUAAAUGGAAAGGGGAACAGAAGCCACAAAUCCAUCGAAAUAAGUCAGAUUCUCUCAAACAUCAGAGUUUAGCGGUUAUCUGUGCUGUCUGGUGGUCAGUGGUUUUAUUGGAAAAUCAUAUCUUUAUCAUAAUCUCUAUAAAAUGAGGUAUCUCGCAUGAAGAGGUUUCGUAAAUUGUCUUCUUUUUGGUUAAAACAAAACAAAUUUUUUUUGCUAUCAGUACGUUGUGUUUAAAGCUCUUCUUAUUUCUGCCAAAAUAUUGCACGUAGUUCAUUGUAGGGCUUUUCAAGUGUCCUACUAUAAAUAGGUGUACUGUAUAAACCGUGUCAAAUGUUUCAACAUUUUUAUAAUUGUAUGUUGUGGUCAGUAUUGAAGAAUUAAAAUCAGACGGUAAGGUAAAGAGGAAGUUUAAAGUGUUUGUUUUCUAUACCGCUUAUGCAUUCAGAAAUGUGCAAGAUUAAUAAAAAGCUUUGUGCAUGAAUGACUGUGAACUGUGAUUUCAUAGUUCAGCAUAAUAAUAAUAAUAAGUGUUUGUGUGUGCUUUAUUGUAAUACUUCUUAAUUUAAGUGCUUUUCUUGUGCCAAAGUAUUUUCCAAAGAGAAAGAGUAUACACUGCAAUAAAACGAAAACAUCAAUA